AUUAAAAUAAGCUUCAUUUGUAAACUUGUUUUUAAACUUAGUUAUAGAUUUUUUCCUCUUUCUCACUCCCUCUCGUUGCAUUAUUGCAGCAGCAGCAGCCCCUCUUGUUGUCUCCACUCUCUCUCGCUAAAGAAAAUCCAUCUUCUCUCUUUCUCACUUGUCCCUUUUUCGUAUAUUUCGUUUUUCUCUUUUGGGGUUUCUUCUACUGACUACUGGUUGGUGCAUGGAUUUGGUAAGAUUGCUCAACCUUCAAAUACCUAACUUUUUUUAUCCGAUAAUUUAUAUGAUUAUGAAUAAUAUAUCUCAUCUUUCUAUAAUCUUUCCCUUUUUUGCAUUUAUAAAUUCUUGUUGAAGAUGUGAGUACUUUUAUGAUGAAGUGAAACUCAAAACUGAAAGUGAUAUAUGGAACUCCGUUAUAUAUUUGCCUAAUUUUUCUUGUUGUCCUUUGUUCCUAUUUAAUGGGAUCUGUUCUAGUUGUACAUUUCUGCACUCCCCAUUUCCUUUUUCAUUACAACAAGCUUGCCCUUCUUUGUGAGUGAUAAGAAGAAAAAAGAAAGACAAUCUUCAAAUGGACUGGAACUUCAAACUCAGCUCCGGUUCUUUCCCCGAUUACGAGGAAGAAUCUGUGUCGGAUUUAACUCCAAUAGAUGCCUUGGUUUCAUUUGGUGGGUCAUCAUCAUCACCAAAAGGAGAGUUCUCAUUUGAUCUGAAACUAGGAAGGAACAUAGUAAACUCCUCCUCUGCGUUUGGUAAUACAGAGCAAGUGACAUGUCUAAAGUGGAAAGAGAGUACUACUGCCUUGGCGAAACCAGAAGCUUCAAGAAGGUCUGGUUCGACCAAAAGGACAAGAGGGAAUGCUACUGGGAACAACCAGAUCCCGCUUUGUCUUGUUGAUGGAUGUGAUUCUGAUUUUAGUAAAUGUAGAGAGUAUCACAAAAGACAUAAGGUCUGUGAUGUCCAUUCUAAAACUCCUGUUGUUACAAUCAAUGGUGAUAAACAGAGGUUUUGUCAACAAUGCAGCAGGUUUCAUGCUUUGGAAGAGUUUGAUGAAGGGAAGAGAAGUUGUAGGAAACGUCUUGAUGGACACAAUCGUAGAAGACGGAAGCCUCAGCCCGACCAAGGUAGAAAAUUACUCGAGUUUCCUAGUGCUUCACAUGUGUUUCCAACUACAUCUGUUGGGACCCCGAGCAGCUGGGGAAACGGUCUUGUGAGCGUAGCUAUGGCCAAUGGUUCGAGUUACGGAGAGAACCAGAUCAGCUAUGCUGUUUCUUCUCCUGCAAAGCCUGGCAGUAUGUUUCCAGAUUCUUCUUCUCUAAAUAGCAGAGGGAAACAGUUCCCUUUCUUGCAAGAAGAAGUGAGCUCGAGAACAGCAUUCUUGUGUGAGAGAAUGACGAGUUGCGUCCAUGACUCUGAUUGUGCUCUCUCUCUUCUGUCACCAUCUUCCUCAUCAACACCUCAUUUGCUUCAGCCACCACUUCCUUUGUCCCAAGAAGCAGUAGAGACGGGUUUUAACCAGUCCGGAUUGUUUGAGAACGCGAGUGCAGUCUCUGAUGGAUCGGUUAUAUCCGGUAAUGAGAUUGGGGCUCUUCCGCAAACGUUCCCGUUUCACUGGGAGUAGUACAAGUAGAUAGAUAGAAUCAGAAAGAUGUGUGUAUGUGCCUCUUUCUCUAUUCUCUUUUCUUUCUCUAAUUUUUCAAUGUUCUUUUAUCUUGUUAAAUGAUGAAUUAUUGGUGUAUAAACGGCAUUCAAUUAUUACGUGUAGGUUGUAUUGGUCCAGCACCAAGUUAAGAGUAGAUAAAGUCUU